AUGGAUUUCAUCAACUGUUCUCUAAAUGCAAUUGACGCUCUCCUCUCAACGAGAAGCCUGAGUUCAGGAGAGCCCAACUAUCCUGGAGCGACUUUCCCUUGCACAAUGAAUGGAUCCUCCACGUCCCAUGAGACUGCCCCAAUCCUGCAGCUGACCGGAAGUAUAAGAGAUGAGCUUCUCAUGUUGCGGAGAGAAUUUGUGAGGAGGGUGUCAACAGAAAUCCUUACACAGCUCCUUGAAGCCCUUGUUAGUGAUGCCAUUUUAGAUGAUUUGGAAAAAGAAUCAAUAAUAGAAGAAAACAAAUCCAGAGCAAAUAAGGCUCGGUGCUUUGUUGACACAGUUAGGAAAAAAGGAAACAAAGCCUGCAGGAUAAUGAUCAACCAUCUUCAGAAACUAGAUCCAGUUCUCUUCUCUGAACUGCAUCGAUCAUCAUCUGUAAAGAAAGAGGCUCUGGAAAGGGGUCAGUCCAAACUGAAAUCUCAUCUGAAGAAGAAGUUCCAGUGUGUGGUUGAGGGAAUUUCAGUAAUAUUAAACAAAACCCCCCUGAAUCAGAUAUACACAGGGCUCUACAUCACACAGGGAGAGAUUGCAGAGGUCAAUAAAAAACACGAGGUCAGACAGAUUGAAACAGCAUCCAGGAAACCAGACAGACCAGAAACAACAAUCAGAGAAGAAGACAUCUUUAAAGACUUAACGGGAAGAGAUGAACAAAUCAGAACAGUGCUGACAAAGGGAGUGGCUGGCAUUGGGAAAACAGUCUUAACACAGAAAUACACCCUGGACUGGGCUGAAGACAAAGCCAACCAGGACAUCCAGUUCAUAUUUCCAUUCACUUUCAGAGAGCUGAAUGUGCUGAAAGAUGAAAAGUUCAGCUUGGUGGAACUUGUUCAUCACUUCUUUACUGAAGCCAAAGAAGCAGGAAUCUGGAGCUUUGAAGACUUCCAGGUUGUGUUCAUCUUUGAUGGUCUGGAUGAGUGUAGACUUCCUCUGGACUUCCACAAAACUACAAUCCUAACUGACCCUAGAAAGUCCACCUCAGUGGAUGUGCUGCUGAUAAAUCUCAUCAGGGGGAAACUGCUUCCCUCUGCUCACCUCUGGAUAACCACACGACCUGCAGCAGCCAAUCAGAUCCCCCGCAACUGUGUUUGCAUGGUGACAGAGAUCAGAGGGUUCACUGACCCACAGAAGGAGGAGUACUUCAGGAAGAGAUUCAGAGAUGAGGAGCAGGCCAGCAGGAUCAUCUCCCACAUCAAGACAUCACGAAGCCUCCACAUCAUGUGUUACAUCCCAGUCUUCUGCUGGAUCACUGCUACAGUUAUGGAGGAUGUGCUGGAAACCAGAGAGAGAGGAGAGCUGCCCAAGACCCUGACUGAGAUGUACAUCUACUUCCUGGUGGUUCAGGUUAAAGUGAAGAAGGUCAAGUAUGAUGGAGGAGCUGAGACAGAUCCACACUGGAGUCCAGAGAGCAGGAAGAUGAUUGAGUCUCUAGGAAAACUGGCUUUUGAUCAGCUGCAGAAAGGAAACCUGAUCUUCUAUGAAUCAGACCUGACAGAGUGUGGCAUCGAUAUCAGAGCAGCCUCAGUGUACUCAGGAGUGUUCACACAGAUCUUUAAAGAGGAGAGAGGUUUGUAUCAGGACAAGGUGUUCUGCUUCAUCCAUCUGAGUGUUCAGGAGUUUCUGGCUGCUCUUCAUGUCCAUUUGACCUUCAUCAACUCUGGACUCAAUCUUCUGGAAGAACAAAAAUCUCAGUUAUUUAAAAUAUUUAAAGGAAAAAAUAAACCAAAUGUCUUUUAUCAGAGUGCUGUGGACAAGGCCUUACAGAGUCCGAAUGGGCACCUGGACUUGUUCCUCCGCUUUCUCCUGGGUCUUUCACUGCAGACCAAUCAGACUCUCCUACGAGGUCUGCUCACGCAGACAGGAAGUGACUCACAGAUCAAUCCGGAAACAGUUGGUUACAUUAAAAAGAAACUCAGUGACAAUCUGUCUGCAGAGAAAAGCAUCAAUCUGUUCCACUGUUUGAAUGAAAUGAAUGAUUGUUCCCUAGUGGACGAGAUCCAACAGUCCCUGAGUUCAGGAAGUCUCUCCACAGAUGAACUGUCUCCUGCUCAGUGGUCAGCUCUGGUCUUCAUCUUACUGUCAUCAGAAAAAGAUCUGGAUGUGUUUGAUCUGCAUAAAUUCUCUGCUUCAGAGGAGGCUCUUCUGAGGCUGCUGCCAGUGGUCAAAGCCUCCAACAAAGCUCUACUGAAUGGUUGUUUCCUUUCGAAGAGAAGCUAUGAAGCUCUGUCCUCGCUUCUCAGCUCCCAGUCUUCUAGUUUGACAGAGCUGGACCUGAGUAACAACAACCUACAGGAUUCAGGCGUAAAGCUUCUGUCUGAUGCACUGCAGAGUCCACAUUGCACACUGAAAACUCUGAGACUGAGUGCCUGUAACCACUUAGAGCGAAGUUGUGAAGCUCUGUCCUCAGUUCUCAGCUCUCAGUCCUCUAGUCUCAGAGACCUGGACUUAAGUGACAAUGACCUGCAGGAUUCUGGAGUGAAGCUCCUGUCUGCUGCAGUGAAGAGUCCACACUGUACACUGGAAACUCUCAGUCUGUCACACUGUCUGAUCACAAAGGAAGGCUGUACUUGUCUGGCAUCAGCUUUGACCUCCAACCCCUCCCAUCUGAGAGAGCUUGACCUGACCUACAAUCACCCAGGAGACUCAGGAAUGAUGCUGCUGUCGGCUGGACUGAAGGAUCCACACUGGAGACUUGACACUCUCAG